AUGCAACAUACCAAAGUGAAUGGUGCGGCAAUGCUGCACAAGCAUCUCAAUUUGAUUGUUGAAGUUGUGCUGCAGCUCUUUGCCAUUAGUAGCUACCAUGUCAACACUGAUCUUGGUACCUGCUUGUGCCCCUACUACAUCUACACCAGUAAGCAGUGCAAGCACAUUAUGGCAAUCACACUGCUGCAGGGAUUGGCAGACAAUUCAUACCCAAUGUGGCUGUGCUACAUCAGCCCCACCACCUUCUGCAAUCCAACAGUCUUCAGUGACAAUGAUGAAGGACAAUGCAAGGCCCUGGGCAUUAUUGGUCCACCUGGCAGGGCAUGCUGGAGCCAUGCCCACACUAUUGUCACAACAACCAGCUCCUGA